AUGUUGAUAUACAAGAAACCAAUUUAUUUUCUCUUUUUUCUUUCCUCGGAGAUUUCUUCCUCAGUCUGUUUUUCUCUCUUAAAUAUUCCUCACUCUUCUCUCUCUCUCUCUUUCCCUCCUUACCCCUUCUCUCACUCUCUCCCCUCUCUCUCUCUCCCCUCUCUCUCUCUCUCUCUCUCUCUCUCUCUUUGUUCUUACUCUUUUAUUCUGAAUGUUCUUCUCCCCCUUCUCUCUCAUUCUCUUUCUUUUCUUUCGCGUUUCAACCUCUUUCUUUCUCUCAUCCUAUUCAUUUCCCUCUCUGUUUUCCUAUCAUCUGUUCUUUCUCUUAUUCUUAUACCUUCUUUAUAUCUUUCUCUCCUCUUUCCACUCUCUUCUUCUCGCUAUUUCUUUCUGUUAUUUUAUUUCUUUCUCUCUUCUUCCUACACUGUUGCUUUGUCCUUUUUCUCUUUCUUAUUGUUAUAA